AUAUAUAGCUACAAUAUAAGCAAAAAUGUGCUAUAAAAUCGUGUGUAGUUUAUUGCUUUGUCUCGUCGGCUUGGCGUGCUCCAGCAUUUCAAACAACCUGGCCGGCUAUGAAGGUUAUACCAAGUACACGGUACAACAUGGCGAUGAGGAUAGUUUUCGUUAUAUGGUCGAUCUGCAGACCAAUGAUGCUGAUGUGGACUUCUGGUUGCUGACAAGGAACAUGUCCGUGUUGACAGUGGGACCACAAAGGAAACCACAAUUCGAGUCGCGUCUGUCGCAACUGAGAGUCGACUACCAGACACAACCACUGAUGGAACUGAUGGCCGCGCUGGAAGGCAAUAGCACCUAUGCCGAUGAAGAUGUGGAUGACAUUGACGAGUGCCAGCCUGGAGCAGAUUGUGAGUCGGAGCGUCCACAUAGUCGCAAACGCCGUCAGGCACGUGGCUUCUUCUCGCAUUAUCCUCGUUAUCACGAGAUCCUCAACUUCAUGAGCGGUUUGGCAGCGCGUUAUCCACAAUACUGUCGCUACGAGUCUCUGGGUCGUUCCAACGAGGGUCGUCAUAUUGCCGGACUGUCGAUAUCGCUAAACACCCGUACUCGCCCUCGUCGAGUGGCCUACAUUCAGGCUGCAGCCCAUGGACGGGAGUGGAUUACUCCACAAACUGUAUUGUACUUGGCCUAUGAGCUGCUUACCAAUUUGCGCGCUUUUCAACGUGUCCUUAAUGAUGUCGAGGUCUUCCUUGUGCCCUUGGUGAAUCCCGAUGGUUAUGAGUAUACACAUACUUCGGAUCGUUUCUGGCGCAAGAAUCGUCAUCAUUAUAAUGGACAGCGGUGCAGCGGUGUGGACAUUAAUCGUAAUUUUGGCAACCAUUGGAACUAUCAGGGUGCCAGUCAGAAUCUCUGUUCCGAGGUUUAUUCGGGAACAGCGCCAAAUUCGGAGCCAGAAACAUCGGCGGUGGUGCGGUAUUUGGAAUUCAAUCGUCAUCGUGUGAAACUCAGCCUGGAUGUGCACUCAUUCGGCAAAUUCAUUUUUUAUCCCUAUGGCUAUGCGAGAAACACAGUGCCUCCCACUGUGGGUACCUUGCGCUCGGUGGCAUUGAGAGCCGCCAACCAAAUCGGAAAAUAUCGCGGCACACGGUAUACCAUCGGCACCUCAGCCUCGAUUCUCUACGAGGCUUCUGGCAGUCUGGAUGACUUUGCCUAUGGCAGCCUGGGCAUACCCUUGUCCUACACGCUCGAGCUACCCGGUGACGAAUUCCAUGUGCCCUCCUCGGAUAUCAUACACGUCUGCAAGGAGACAUUUGCCGGCUUUGUCGAGUUCAUCCGGCAUGUUAGUCUGUAUUAAGGCUGUAUCAUAAGUACUCGUAGAGUACAUUUCGAGUGCCUUUAGUCUUUAAGCAAUUGAAUUUAUAAUUGUUAAUUAAACUAAUUAGUGUCGUCGUUGUUAGGCAUUAAAAAAAUGAGAUAAAAACA